GGCAGCAGUGAGCAGGAUCUUAGAGGGCCAGAGCAGGCCAUCGCCAUAUGUACUGUUUGGGCCACCAGGUACAGGGAAAACUGUCACCAUGGUGGAGGCUAUCCUGCAAGUACUUCAUAGCAUACCAGGCAGCAGAAUACUUGCCUGUGCCCCAUCCAAUAGUGCUACUGAUCUACUGGCAGAGAAACUUCUUCAAAGUAACCUUGUAAAUAAAAGCGAUCUUGUCAGGUUGAAUGCUUUCAACAGACUUGAUGAUAACAUUCCAGAGUUCCUAAAGCCUUACUGUACAACGGGGGACAACCUGGAGGUGGCCUGCAGACACAGGGUGGUCCUCUGUACCUGUAUCACGGCAGGACUCCUGAACACUGUGGGACUUAAAAGUGGUCACUUCACACACGCAUUUAUUGACGAGGCUGGCCAGGCCACGGAGCCGGAGUGUGCUGUACCAAUGAACCUGAUGGUGGGGGAGGAUUCUCAGAUUGUGUUAGCAGGAGACCCCAUGCAGUUAGGCCCAGUUCUGAAGUCCCGCCAUGCUAUCACAUAUGGCCUCCAGUAUUCAUUCUUAGAGAGACUAAUGGACAGCCCACUCUAUGCUCGGGACAUGGUCAGAUUUGCUGACCAUGGCAAUUAUGACCCGUUACUGGUGACCAAACUGGUACAUAACUACAGAUCUCAUUUCAAACUGCUACAGGUGUCCUCAGAACUGUUUUACCACGGUGAGCUCAGAGAGUGUGGCAGCACCUCUGUGACCCACUGUUUGUGUGGCUGGGACAGGUUGCCCAAUAAAGAUGUUCCAAUUAUAUUCCAUGGAUUGAGGGGAGAAGACUUACGAGAAGGUAACAGUCCGUCCUGGUUUAACCCGGUGGAAGCUGUACAGGUGAUGAAAUACCUGCAGGCUUUGGUGAACAACCCGCUGUGUGCAAUAACAUUUAAUGAUAUAGGAAUAAUAACUCCUUACAGAAAACAGGUGGAGAAAAUCCGGCUAUUGAUUGACAAGUUGGGGAUGGAGAAGGUGAAAGUUGGAAGUGUGGAAGAGUUUCAGGGACAAGAAAGACGUGUUAUUAUCAUCUCCACGGUGAGAUCCAAUGAGUCAAAGAUGGGCUUUGAUCGCAGGUUUAACCUGGGAUUCCUUAGCAACCCAAAACGCUUCAACGUGGCCAUUACGCGAGCCCAGUCCCUGCUGAUAGUGUGUGGAAACCCACAUGUACUGGCUCAGGAUGAAUACUGGUUGUCCUUGCUGUCCUACUGUGUGGAACAAGGGGCCUGUGUAGGGUGUAACUUGCCAGAUCUACCCCAGCUUCAGUGCAGGGUGACAGUGGGGAGUAACACUAAUGAAUGUCAAGCCUCAGAUGUCCUUUUGGACGGAGACACAGAGACAGAGCAAACAUCAGCUAGUGAAAAUUUAAACGAGACCCAGCAGAAGCCAGCAACUGAAGUCAGGACUAUAACAGGUGGAGAUUUGAAUGUGCAUUCAGUCACAGAGUCACAAUUAAUAUAUGUAACAGCAAGAACUGCAACUGUGACACUAAAUCCUGACCCAGGCAAGGAGAAGACUUCAAAAGAUUUGCUUCAGGAAAAGGAAGUUGCGAUGGAUUCUGAUGGAGACCUGGGGGUGUCAGAUGAAAAGCAAAACACAAACUCGUCAGAUCAGAUUGAUCUGUCUUCCAUGGUACACACAAGUAGAAAGGCUCCAGAAGUAGUAUGCAUGACUUUUGAUGAAAUGAGCAACAGUUUAUCAGACAGUGGAGAAGUGGACUCUGAUUUAGAUGUUAUAAUAGAGUCUUCCUCAGAGGAGGAAAUUGAAGAAUGA